AGUGCGUUAUGUAUGAUGAUCGCUUUGAGUCUGCUCAGUUGGUCAGUUGCUUCUUUGCUCUCGCCAUGGACAGCUCUCAUCGCCGGUGGCCAAGCGGGGACGGGCACACAUUUUACGAAUGGGCCAGUAGCAGCAGCAACAGAUCCAGUUCCAGUGAUGUAAUAAAAAACCUACUGGAAAUCGCCAACAGCAGGCCGGGCACCAAUGUGGCCAAGGCAAUCGUUGCGUACCAUGAGUUUCCUGGCUUCUCAACGCUGCUUCUGCUCCUGGAGGAGGUAUCGAAAAAUACAGAUUUUUCAACCGAUCUGCGCUUGUCGCUUUCCUAUUACAUGGAUGAAUUUUUGCGGCAAGUAUCCGGUGCGAGUGUGCCGCGACGCUCGGUUAUUGCCGCCGCCGGCAGCGUGCUUCAAUACUGCAGCAAAAUCUAUGGUGACAGGGUGGAGCUCAUGUACCAGGUUGUGGAGCAUCAGAUCGAGGCGCUGCUCAUAGCUGAUCCCAAAAAGGAUGAGACCAGCAAUCGAAAAAAAGAUGCUAGCAAGCCGGAGGAGCCGCGUAAGCGUCGCAUUAAGAAACUCACCCAAAAGGAAUUCGAUCCGUUUUCGUAUAACAUGGAACCAAAAAAGUUCAAAAUAAUGUCCGAUGAGAAACGCUUCAGUCGCGUUGGAUUCGAAACGAAUAAAAACAGAAAUCGUACAAUUGAACACAUGUAUCAGGAUCAUACGCCGUCCCAUCUUUGGACGCAUGCGUCUAUCGUGGAUCCAGCGAAUCCCUACGAGCAGGAUGAGAAAAAGAACUAUAAGGUGUUUACAUACCAUCCGGAGCCCAGAUACAAUACGCUUCUGCCAGACAUUCAAUUUGAUCGUCUGAAUUUGAUCAAGGAAUACGUGCAUUCAAAUCAAGUGGAUGUAUCCGAAACUCUAAAUAAGAACAUGAGUAAUAAGGAAUAUUUAGACGAGUACAUAGCGCUAGAGAACCAAAUGCUUGCCUCUCGCUAUGGGGAAAAAACAGUGCUGAAACGCACCCUGACUGUCGAAGAGGAUGAACAGGCCAAGCGUCUGCGCCUGGAACUGCAGAAACGAUUGCUGGAAUUCACUGAUGAGAGCUCAAAACGUAGAAGGCUAACUGAGGAGAUGGACGAUAAUCGUGAUAGGAAUCUGCAGACUGACGAAAGUGGAGCUCAGCGAUCGCAAACCUCUAUGGACUCAGUACUAGGAGAAUCGCUGAGAACUUUGACGCUGACAGAUACAUCAGAAGUACAACUUAAUGGAAGCCAGAUAGAAGCACCGCCCUUAAGCAGCACGUUGGAAAUGAAUGACGCUAGCUGCUUGGACAGCACGCGUUUGGAUCUCCAGCAGUUAGAAUCUGUAAAGGAAGAGUCGCAACAGGAGUCUCAGACGCAGCAGGAUUCACAACAGAAGUCCCAACUGGAAUCGCAAUUGGAACUCUCCACUGGCAAGGGUGAUGAUAGCAAUGAGCAAUCGUUGCAAAUUGAUUCAGGCAUUGGCAUGGAUGAUGUGUGCGAUACGCUGCCGACAGCUCAAUCUUUUGAUGAUGAGGGUGUUGUUCUUACAGAUCUUAUAGACGAGCAGCGUCUGCAGUCGCUAUCGCCCAAGGUAAUGGUACGGGACAUACUUCCCGGUGUGCCCGACAAAGCCAACCUGAGCGUGCGCGUUGACGCCGAAAUGCUGGCCCUGAGCGGCAUCAAUGAAACGCUCGAGGAGAUUGUUAAUGUGCCACGUGAAGUGCACUAUUCAAUCGAGCGGAAUUUGCUGCAGCUACCAGAAAAGAGGCUACGCAAAGGUUCUCUCUUCAAGCUACCCAAAGAAUUUGAUUUAUUUAAAAAAGCGCGCACACCAGCCAAGCGACAGGCUGAACCCAAGGCGCCCGGUGCUCCCAGAGCCUUGCCUGGCGCAUCGCCUGUUGCUUCGCCUACGCAUUCCGUAUCGUCGCUUGACAAAUUUCCGGCAUUGCCAUUGGAUCAAAUGGAAUUUGAUUCGGAGCUAAAUUUUCGCGGUUUCAGGCGUCCUACUUAUGAUUCAGGUAUUGAUCAGGAAGAGAUUAGAUUGGCCAACUCGCCAGCAGAUGACGGCAUUAUCGUUGACGUGGGCUCCGAAGAACCAUCGGAUUUGAAUGCAGUAGAAAAUCCGCCGCUGUCAGAUGUAAUUCAAGAAGCUAGAGCUUCUGGGCAAACAGAGAAGGACUUGACAUUGCCUGAAAUUUCAUUGGGCGCUACAGAAUUAAAUGAAACGCAACCAAAUGAUGUACAACAUACACAAGCAGAUGGCAUAAGAGCCCAGGAUAUCACCGAAGAGGACAUAAGAGUCCCCGAUACCACAGCAGAGAACACAACACGACUAGAGAGUGAAUUGAAUGCAACGCCUAUGGAUUUGGCCACAAACGACAUAGAGUUGGACCCAGACUGGGAUGCAGAGGAAAGCGAUUCGAGUGUUCAAGACAACUGUAAUAGCAUAGAUGCAGAAACUGAUGCCAAGAUUAUUGACUGGCAUCGUCGACUGGCACCCACAUUAGAAGCGGCGCAUGCGCGUCAAAACUUUAGCAUACAGCACCUAAAUGACGAGAUUAUAGCCAAAUGCCAAGAAAAUGAGAGAGGAGAGGCAACACUAGCCGAUGUUGUAGAGGAUAAGGAUCCAACCAAACUAUGUUGCUAUAUGCUCUCCUCACUACUGCUGACAAACCAGAGAAACGUGGAGCUUCAAAUCGAUAAGCAUGAUAAGAGCAAGCCAAUUGAUAUGAAUCGGUUUAAGAUGAAAUUGAUUAGCACCGAAAGGAAACAAGUGAAUCCCGAGGAUGACAUUGGCAAUAUGAACAGUUCCAAUCGGCGGAGCAACCAAACAGCACCACAAGAAACAACGCAAUCUGCUAAAGCCACGCAUCGCAAGGUGCAGGAGCAACGUCACACACUUGAUGCAAUUAAUCCGAUCAUAUUGCACCGGGGGCUGCCCUUUUCACAGGCUUACGUCAAAAUUAAGAGGCUGCGCUGGCCGCGCAACUGACAAAUGCAUUAAUGCACAAUCCUUUUUUUUUUGUUUUUUUUUUUUUUGACAAUGUACAAAUUCUAGUUUUAAGAGAGCUUUUAACAUGAGAUGCAAUUUUUAGUUUUAUUCAACUUUAUGCUGCCAGUUUUUAGUUCUUUAUGUUAUGUAGUGUAAGCCAAAAUUGAACCAGUAUUAUUUAAGCUCGAUUUCCUUACGUUUGAACAAGUUUUUCAAAUUUCAUUUUUCUUAUCAUUUUCAAUUCUUUUGUCAUUUUUUUUUCUUUUCUUUCUAAUAUUCUUUACAUUUUAUUUUCAUUUUAAAUUUAUUUUUCACUUUUUUUGCAUUUAUCUUUUGUUUUCUAUUUUUUUUUUUAUAGUUUUUCAAAAAUUUCUUCAUUUAUGAUUUUUAUUUUGCCAUUUAUUCAUUUUUCUCAAAUUAAAAACUCUUUCAGAAACGCAAGUCGUUAAAAUAAUAAUGAAAUCAAGAUCACCCAGAGACACAUAUUGUGGAAAUCGUAUAGAGCUGAUAGUACUACAAAAAUCAAGUACCUGAUCUCCUAGUGUGUAAAAAUUUUUUUUCCAACUUUUAAAGACGGUUUAUCUAUUUACAUAUAUAUUACAUACAUAUGAAUGUGCAAAACAAAGAUAA